GCCAUCGGUAUUUUUUGCUUUGUUGUAAACGAAAAAUUGUAAGCGUAAAUCCAGAUGUGCGGCGCGUCGAACGGUCCGAGCGGAGGAGCUCUUUUUCCAGAGGAGUAGUCCGCAUCCGAUUUAGUUGGAAUCGUGAGCUUGUCUGGAGCGCUUCUCUUCCCCAGAAAGAGAAGAGACCAAUUUACCAAUUCAUCGGAAUCCGAUAUAAGCAGCUGCGCAUCCUAAUUACUCACCACCAAUAAAACGUUAUCACCGACGACUCGCAGUAGUGAUUCAAUCGUAAAUACAUGGAAACAAAUUGAAUUCGAAACGCAAAUAUGAUGAUGGAGUAUCUUCAAUACGCAGAGAGCUCACAAGAUGCGAACUUUGGUAGAGCCAUGAACAACAAUAACAAUAACGUGGGGAAGAGAAGACGGAGUUCGAAUUAUCCGCAGAGCGAGGAGUUCGCGAAUCCGGUGAGGCAGAGGAGUCAGGCGAACGCGAGGGAAAGGGAUCGUACUCAUAGUAUAAUCCAUCCAAAUUCAAGAAAUAACGUCAAUUCUGCUUUCUCCCUGCUGCGUAAUCUCAUCCCAACGGAACCGAAAGACCGGAAGCUCAGCAAGAUCGAAACGCUGCGUCUUGCUUCCAGCUACAUCUCGCAUUUGGGCACCCAACUCAUCGCAGGUCCCAUUGAUCAGCCUUGCUUAAGAAUUUCGCGACACGUGAUGGACAACGAACAGCACAAUUCCAGAAAUAGCGUCUGCACGUUCUGCAUUGCCCACAAAAAAGCGCCGAAAUCAACAAACAUCAACCAAGAUGAUUACGUUCUGUGCACAAACACGUUAGAAAAUCAAAUAUAUUUCCAACAAGAAGCGAUAGAAAUAUCCACGGAUAUAACUGCAACAUCAGAUCUGUAUUUCUGAUUUACAUUAUUACGGUUCAAUCUCCUAUUUAUUUUGGUUCCUCAAAGGUAACUUAUUUUUGAGAGAGUUAAAUUAAUUGAACGAACAAAUUAUUUGUUUUUUUUUGUGUAUAUUCAA